AAAUGGGUCAAUCCGGUUGCUCAAACCGCCUAAGGAAAAGACAGAUCAUUCUCCAUCUAGAAACCGCUUCUAGGGAAGAGAGCUCGACGGGAACUGGAUCCAGAAGCACUGCACGCAGAGCUCGGCGGGAGAUCGAUCGGCCAUCCAUCAUGGCCAAGAAGGCUGGCGCUGAUAGGACCGCGGCGGCGGUGAAGGCAGGGAGCUGCUCCAGGAAGAAGGCUAAGGCUGCGUCCUCCUCCAAGAUCACUGUCACCUUAGACCCCAAGUUGCUGGAGUGCUCGGUUUGUUGCAGCCCACUGGUUGCUCCCCUUUCUCAGUGCGCAAAUGGCCAUAUCACAUGCUUCGAGUGCUCCUCCGAUGUGAACUACAGUUGCAGCUUGUGCUCUGGGCCUGCCAACACCCACUGCAGCGCCUUGGAGCGCAUCCUCGCUGGCCUGGCCGUGCCGUGCUCGUUCCAGGAGCACGGGUGCACCGAGAUGAUCCCGUUCACGGAGAAGCUGGCCCAUGAAGAGUCCUGCCUCCAUGCCCCAUGCCACUGUCCCAUCGCUGGCUGCUGCCCCUACCCCGGCCGGUCCCUGCACGACCACAUCAAGGCGGAGCACCCUAUGAUCCAGUACACCCGCAUCACGGCCGGCCGCCUCUACCCCCUGAGCAUGCGCCAUGACGAGCUGGCCUGCCUUGUAUCCCUCGGCAGCAAGGCAGUCUUUCUUCUUGUGGUUGACCGGAGCGUCCCGUCGGGGCUCACAUUGUCGGUGAUCCACCUCAUGAGCGACCCGAUCGAGAGGGAGGAUUUCAAGUACAAGAUCCAAGUGCAUACGCAGACGGGCAUUCUCUCUCUGUCCGGCGAGACACAGAGUGUCGGUCGACUGAGGGGGCCUUACCAGGCUGGCGCGUCGCUGUUCGUCUCGGACACCAUGUGGUCUCCCCCAGAUUCUCCAGUGUACCUCGAGCUGAAAUGCUAAAUCUGUACUCAAUCUGGUAGUAGAAGAAUUCUGAGACUCCAUUCAUUGCGCUCUUGUCAGCUGUGUCAACGUGGUUUUACUAGGUAGUUAGUACAUUAUCUCUGUUGUUUGUCGAAGUUGGGUAAUUGGAUCAUAACAUAUGGAUUGGUGCAAUGCUAAGUUGCUAGCGAUGCUAGCUUAAUUAUUAAGCGAGAGGUAAUUCUUGGA